CCAUCCAUUCAUCCAUCCAUCCAUCCAUCCAUUCAUCCGUCCAUUCAGCCUCACCGCUCUAUCCGGGAGCGCGACGUGCCUUCAACUUCUUCACAAACCGAGGACUCUCCAAAGCGCAGCCAUGGCUUUCAUGGUGAAACACAUGGUGGGAGGACAGCUGAAGAACCUGACAGGAGGACUGACGGAGGAGAAAUCCGAAGGGGAGAAAUCAGAAGCCGCCGCGCAGGGGAUGACUCAAGAGGAAUUUGAACAGUAUCAGCAACAGUUAGAAGAGGAAAAACAAGAACGAGAAGCUAGUUUUGCCCAGAAGAAAGCUGAGAGAGCCACAGUUCGGAGUCAUUUCCGGGAUAAGUACAGGCUACCAAAGAAUGAGCUGGAUGAGACUCAGAUCCAGCAGGCGGGGGAUGAUGUGGUGUUGCCCACGGAGCUGGCCAAGAUGAUCGCCGAGGACAACCAGGAGGAGACGCACAAGCAGUCGGUGCUGGGCCAGUUGUCCAACAUCCAGAACGUGGACAUGGACCAGCUGAAAGACAAAGCCCAGGCCACGCUGGAAGACCUCAAAAAGCAGACUGAGAACUGCAGUCUCAUGUGAUCUGGUACAAUUUAAGCCCCACGAGAUUACAGGUUGUUGUUGGCUGUUUUUUUUUUUU